UCUGCUGCCCCCAUGCACAACUAGCUUUCGUGCUCACGUGUUGCUGUAUAUUCACCUGACUUUUACUAGUUUUAGGUCCCAAAAAGCCACCGGCGGUGCAGAACUAGUAGUUCCUUUACAACUAGAGAUCGAGAGAGAGGACGUCUUAUUCUAGUGCACAUGCUUAAGUGAUACAAAGGUUCCUGUGAGACCAAAGAUGGAAACCAACUCAGCACCAAGGAAAGUGAAGAUCGGCAUCAUCGGAGGUUCCGGACUGGACAAUCCUGACAUCCUGGACAACAGGAGGGAGAAACAUGUGGACACGCCCUACGGAAAGCCUUCUGAUGCUCUGAUCCUGGGUGAUGUGGCAGGUGUGGAAUGUGUGCUUCUGGCCAGGCAUGGGCGUGGCCAUACUGUCAUGCCAACCAACAUUAACUUCCGAGCAAACGUCCAUGCCCUGAAGGCUGAAGGUUGUACUCACCUGGUCGUCACCACUGCCUGUGGAUCACUCAGAGAAGACAUCCAUCCAGGAGACAUGGUCAUUCUGGACCAGUUCAUCGAUAGGACGACAAAACGCGCCGCAACGUUUUACGAUGGCAACCCUGGCAGUCCUGUGGGGGUGUGUCACCUUCCCAUGGACACCCCUUUCUGUCCUCACAUCAGAAAAAUUCUAAUUAAUGUGUGCAAGGAGUUGGAAAUCAGGCACCAUGAAAGCGGCACCAUGGUCACCAUUGAGGGUCCUCGCUUCUCCUCGCGGGCAGAGAGUAAGAUGUUCCGCAUGUGGGGCGGUGAUGUCAUCAACAUGACCACGGUACCGGAGGUCGCUCUGGCCAAGGAGGCGGGGAUGUGCUAUGCCGCUGUUGCCAUGGCAACAGACUAUGAUUGUUGGAAGGAAGACCCAGGGCAUCAUGUGAGUGUGGAUGCUGUACUGAAGGUGUUUAAGGGCAAUGCUGACAAGGGGAUCCGCAUCUUUAAGGCAGCCAUUCCCCAGAUCGCCCAGCGGGACUGGACAGCUGUGCUGGAGGAGAACAGGGUGACUGUAUCCAGCUCUAUCCUGCUGCCACCAUCAGAGGGUAAACUGUAACAGGAACACAAUCUGGCUAGUUUUACUUCACAUUAUCAUAUAGCCAGGUGACGUUGACCAAUCAGAAGGCUCCAUUCCACAUUCCUUAUGACGCCGUAAUGUCACAAAUAGAGUCAAAAUCGGGUAUUUAUUCAUCCCAAUCCAUACAUUAAAC